AUGUCCUCGAUGAAGUUUUUUAAGACGCCAACAACAGCGAAGGCACCUGCUUCUGGAGUCUGUGACCGUGACCAGCGAGUCCGAGUCGCUGAAAAGCUCAAAGUCCCAAGCCCCAGCAAAGGCACUGUUCAUGACAAGGACGCUUUCAAAGAGACCCUCCGGAAAGCAGUCUAUGCUUCUGUUCUCUGUGCUUUUUGCCGAGGCCUCGAACUCAUCGCUCGCGCAUCAACGGAUGAAAGUUGGAACAUCAGCUUGGGGACGUGCAUCAAGAUCUGGCGUGCCGGUUGCAUCAUACGCUCAGAUUACCUUGCCGAUUUUCUCGAACCGAUCUGA